CCGGAUAUAUAGCAGCGUCUCUAUCAUCCCUCUCGUCUCUUUGCCCAACAUUGACUACGUUCGCUUCACUCCGCACCACAUCUGACCAAUACCAACAUGCCUCGCCACUACCAUUCCGGCAGCAAUGCUUCCUCUACAUCCUCCCACUCGUACAACACCCGCUCCACCCGCUCCUCCUCGGGCGGCUCCUACAACGGCCCAGCCCUAAGUAACGGACCCUCCCAGCACAAGGCGGGGGGCACCAGUUGGUCGGACCAUAAGGGGGAGCAUGACAGGCCUGAGACCGUCCCUCCGAAAGAUCCCGCCAACCUGGAGAAGAUGUACGACUCGUGCUCCAAAGCAGCAAAGAGCGGUGGUGGUCACGGUGGACAUCAUGAAGGGGAGAGUGGAGGGGUGCUGGACAAGGUGAAGAAUAUCAUCAAGAAGUAAGCUGGCCUCCCGUGGGGGUCGUGGAGAAGCUGAGCGCAGAGUAUGUCUGUAUUAAGAGGAUACCAAUGACU